UGGCGGGGAAGGGUAUCUGCAUUUCUUCCUUGCUUGCCUGCUAUAGCAGCACACUUAUACCGCCUCCCGUGGUGCCGCGAAGUCGAGUGCUCCUCCAUUUUGCCAAUUUUUCUUAUCUUUCCUACAGUCAAGACACUAUGAGAAGUAAUAUCGUGACCUCGCUGGAAGCCAGUGCCUCGAAUGCAGAACCAGUAUCGUGCUCAUGCCCCUCAGAUUGGGCGAACGUUGCUCUGGCCCGGCCCACUUGUCAAAGAUGGUACCAAACAAUCACUGCUGCGCCCUAAGGCUCGUGGCUCUUUUUUGCACAAACCUUCUCACCGGUACACUAGUUGGGGUCUUUCGAACAUUGCUCAUUCCUACAGCUCUGCCGGCACAGCGGAAGCGUACAGCUGCAAAAUUAAAUGCCAUAUUUGCAUUAGCUGACCCGUUUCGCUGCGAGUCGCAGACAUCUCUCUCGCUUCUGUUGUGGCUACAAUCAUUUCAUCACCUGUCGUUAGCCGAAUGCAGUGCUAUCAGGACAACACUCAGGAGCUGGGAUGUAUUGCUUGACCUGGACAUCUCUUAUCCGACUCCGUGAAUCAGGCGAUUCACAGCGUAGUUAGAUGAGAUCGCACAGCAUUCUGCGAACCAAUGUUGUUCGGAUCUUCACUUCGCCCCCAACCUCCCCUCUGAUGUUUAGAAUAAGACACGGAAUGCACAUCUUAGUCCAUGCAGGAGUUGUUUAGAUGAUCCAGCGCACGCGGUGCCAAGGCGAUCACCCCGAUGGUAGAACCAGCUUUAGUAUGCCCGACCUACGGUGCAUGGACUCUUCAGUCUCUACAUAUGAAAGGAUCCGCUCCACCGGUAACGUUGAGCACGACUUCGAUGUAAUAUCUUCUCCAACCAAAUGCGAUCGACUCGGGAAGCCACCUCGAACACUGGUUUGAGAGAUAUUUGUCAACAGGAAUAGGAGGAUGGCAAAACUUGUUCCCGCACACCUAAUUACAAUGCUGGUUGUUAAAACUGCUGACUGGCGCAAUUAAUUGACCCAGUGGACGGGCUAGGGUGUUUCAGGUCUUGUCAUAGUCUCCGAAGGAUGGCAUUGCCUUUGGUCGUCUGAUCCUCCAGAUUUUUUUGCUCUUCCGCCCUGCUUUUCGGGGUCGACAGCUUUUCCCACUCCAGACAACUGUCGAAUGUUUGCUUCGUCCAAGUUCCUUCCACUGGAAUUUCCGGUCGGCACGAAUGUCUAACAUCGCCUUACUGGCUUUGCCCGAAAACCAGGUCGAAACUCUUAGGCUAUCGGAGCAUGUCGCACUUGGUGUGGGAUUGUACUUAUUCAAAUUAGGGGGCGAUCGAAGUCCGUUGGCUUACAAAUUUUCUGGAUUCAACGCAAGACCUGAUUUUGUACGCUAUGGAUUUGCAAUUCAAUCGAUCGGGCAUCAUCAUAGUCGAAGCGCUGAAUGUCGGCGUAGAGCGCUACUUUCUCUACAUCACAUUCCUACAAUUUUCUUAUGGCCCAGAAUUUCA